AUGAGGCAAGCUGGGGCCGGGUCGGAAACUACCUUGGAUCUUACCACUCUACGGCUUCGUAGCUAUUACCUUCGUCCUGGAAUUACCAAGAGUCAAUCGGACCUGGGUACUCCUCUCAGUAAAGGAACAAACCUUGAUAAAGAAGAAUUUGAAAGCAAACCUGCUCAAAGCUCUUCUGUUCUUAAACGUUCUGUUCUUAAACAUAGAAAACCUCAAGUCACGAUGGCAGCCUCUCGCGUUCUCAGUUCCGUUACCGUGAAUGCCUCGACAAAACAUACAGCCACUGUUAUCUUUCUACAUGGCCUAGGAGAUAGUGGAUAUGGAUGGGAGCCCGUUGCAAAGAUGCUUGCUCGGAAUCCCAAGCUCUCACACAUCAAAUGGGUCCUUCCCAAUGCGCCCAAUCAAUCUGUCACUCUCAAUUUUGGUAUGAAAAUGCCAUCGUGGUUUGAUAUCCGCUCGUUGGAUAGGGACUUGACGGCAGACGAUGGCGGAGAAGAUGCCGACGGAAUGCUUGCUUCUGCUAUGAGUGUCAACAGGAUUGUCACUACACAAGUGGACGAUGAGAAUAUUCCUGCUAAUCGUAUAGUCGUGGGAGGCUUUUCUCAGGGUGCUGCGCUCAGCUUACUUACUGGAUUGACGAGCGAGAGGAGACUGGCUGGAUUGGUGUGCCUGA